AUGGAUUCCCUGGUGGAUGGGAACCACACCACAGUGACAGAGUUCAUUCUAUUGGGCUUAACACGUGAUCCAGUCCUUCGAGUCAUCCUCUUCAUCAUCAUCCUGUGCAUCUACCUGGUGACCAUAGCUGGAAAUCUCUGCACAAUCCUUCUCAUCAGAGUCUCCACUCAGCUCCACCACCCCAUGUACUUUUUCCUCAGCAAUUUAGCUUUUGCGGACAUGGGCCUUUCAUCUUCUGUCACACCCAACAUGUUAGUUAACUUUCUGGUGGACAAAAACAUGAUCUCCUACCAUGGAUGUGGCAUCCAGAUGUGUACAGCUUUCCUCUUUGGGCCAGUUGAGUGCUGUCUUCUGGCUGCCAUGGCUUAUGAUCGCUUUGUGGCCAUCUGCAACCCACUGGUGUAUUCAACCAAAAUGUCCACACAAGUUUGUUUCCAGUUACUUAUAGUAGCUUUCAUAGGUGGUUGUUUAAAUUCUUCAUCCUUUGCUAUUUCUUUCGUUUCUCUAGUGUUUUGUGGGUCAAACAUAGUUAAUCAUUUCUUCUGUGAUUUUGCUCCUCUACGCGAAGUUGCCUGUUCUGAAGUUAAUGCCUGCAUACUUCUUGCCACAUUUGCUGCUUCCUCCAUCCUUGUGAUCACAGUGAUUAUCAUAGCCGUCUCCUACAUCUACAUCCUCAUCACCAUCCUGAAGAUGCGCUCCACCGAGGGCCGCCAGAAAGCCUUCUCCACCUGCACCUCCCACCUCACUGCAGUUGCUCUGUUCUAUGGGACAGCUAUGUUUGUUUAUGUGAUGCCCAAAUCCAGCUACUCCACUGACCAGAACAAGGUGGUAUCUGUGUUCUACAUGGUGGUGAUCCCCAUGUUGAACCCCCUGAUCUACAGUCUCAGGAAUAAUGAGAUCAAGGGGGCUCUGAAGAGAGAGCUUGGGAGGAAAGUGUUUACUUAG